AUGAGAAGUGUAUUCAAUCGUUUGAGUAGGGAGGAACUAGUAGAAAAGUACGAUAAGAUUAUACAAGACCAAAUGACAAAUAAUAUUGUCGAGAAAGUUGAGGAUAAUCAAUCAGUCAACAGAGUUUCUUACCUACCACAUAACCCAAUACUAAUACCAAGUGAACAAACAACCAAAUUAAGAAUAGCGUACAACGCAUUGGCGAAGUCAUUUAAAGAUACGCUAAGCCUUAACAAGAGUCUAUAUAGAGGUUCAGUAAUGCUACCGGAGCUGUGUGGAAUGUUGCUAAGAUUUCGUACCUACAAGUAUGAAGUAAUUGCUGACAUAGAAAAGGCUUUCUUGCAAAUUGAGUUGCAUGAUCAAGAUCGCAACAUAACCAGAAUUUUAUGGCUAAAGGAUCCAACCAAGGAAAUAACCCCGGACAAUUUGGUGAUAUACCGCUUCCGAAGAGUUCCAUUCGAGAUUAUUUCCAGUCCAUUUUUGUUAACGGCAACCAUGACGUACCAUCUGAAGGAGGAAGUCGCAGAGGCUCAGAGAGAGGAAGAUGAAAGGCGUGCCAGUCUUAUGGAGCAAUUGAUGAGUCAGAUCUACGUAGAUAAUCUGAUUACAGGAGGUACAUGA